UCACACUUUCUCUUCCCGUUGAUAUUAGUGGAUUUGCUAGCAUGCGCGAGGGGUGAUCGGCGCAUACAACGAAUUGAAAAGUUGGGGAAAAAAAAGUACGAAAAGGAAGAAGGGAAAGCGGACACUGCAGAUUUUAGCUAUCCAUCUUCCUCGGAGAAGAUCUAUUUUGCGGGAUUUCGAUGGCUGCUCCACCAGCAAGAGCUAGAGCUGAUUACGAUUACCUUAUUAAGCUUCUAUUGAUCGGCGACAGUGGUGUUGGUAAGAGUUGCCUACUUUUACGGUUCUCAGAUGGUUCCUUUACGACCAGCUUUAUCACCACCAUUGGUAUUGAUUUUAAGAUAAGAACCAUUGAGCUUGAUGGCAAACGGAUAAAGCUCCAAAUUUGGGACACAGCUGGGCAGGAGCGGUUCAGGACAAUCACAACUGCUUACUAUCGUGGAGCCAUGGGCAUCUUGCUGGUCUAUGAUGUCACGGAUGAAUCCUCGUUCAACAAUAUUAGGAAUUGGAUUCGCAACAUUGAACAGCAUGCAUCAGAUAAUGUUAACAAGAUAUUGGUCGGAAACAAGGCAGACAUGGAUGAAAGCAAAAGGGCUGUGCCAACCUCAAAGGGACAAGCUCUUGCGGACGAGUAUGGAAUCAAAUUUUUCGAAACAAGUGCAAAAACUAACCUAAAUGUGGAGGAAGUUUUCUUUUCAAUAGCAAGGGACAUAAAGCAAAGACUCGUCGAUACUGACUUAAAGGCUGAGCCUUCAACAAUUAAGAUCAAUAAACCUGACCAGGCAGCUGGGGCUGGUCAAGCUGCACAAAGACCGGCAUGCUGUGGUUCAACCUAAGGGAGCUCAAACCUGGUGGGACACGUAUUGGAUGUUAAAAACUACUUUUCUUCAAAAAAUGGAGGGGAAAGAGAAAACUAAUUGUGGUGACUGGAUGAUGAGUGCCUGUAUUUUCUUAUUGUCAUUCUUUAUAACUUGUUUUAGGGUGUGAGGAUGUAGUGUUUUUCUUUAUAAUUGUUUGUGUCAUGUGAAGAACAUAACCUUCUGUUUCUCCCCAUCUCUCGGCUCCUUCAUGUCAGGAAGCCCAAGUUCUGACUGCUUGCAAGACUAGUUCAUUUGUUGGUAGGGAAGGAAAUGGAAAAUGGAAGUGGUUUCUUUA